CACGGAUUUUCGUUUCUGGUUGCUCGCGGUGUUGAUGGUUCGCUCGCUCGCUGCUGCUGCUCUAGGCAGAAGAAAUGUGUGUCGUUUGUCGUGUUGUGUGCGUGCGCUGAGGAUGUAACAGGUGAAAAUAGCGAGGCGGAAUUCGCGAUCAAUUUGCGUGGUGCAGCCGCGAUUCGCAGCGGCCGCCGAGUCAUGCAGUAGAAACCACUCGGGGAGCACCGUCGAAGGCGCCGCUCGUUUUUAAUUUCGUUGUUGUUGUGAGGAGUCGUCGAGUGAGUGCCGUGCAGCAGCUACCGAGGCACUUCAUAAAUCCAAGAUGGCAGACUCGAGUUACUACCAGGGCCCUUUCAUUCGGCACCCGGAGCUGUACCAGCUGGGCCACAAGUACGGCGUGUCCGGCAGCGGCGACGCCGCCGGCGAGGAGACCACGUGCUACUCCAUGUCGAAGCAGCUGGAGGAGAUUAAGGAGGCGAUUCGCCGCGAAAUCCGCAAAGAACUGAAAAUCAAGGAGGGCGCCGAGAAGCUGCGCGAAGUGGCCACGGACCGCCGGAGCCUGUCCGAAGUGUCCUUUUUAGUGAAAAACGCCAACACCAAGUUGGCCGAGCUGCAGGCAGAACUGCAGGAGCUCGAGUCGCAGAUCAUCCUGACCCAGGGCAGGGCCGACGUCGAGCCACCCUCCACCCCACACAACGGGCAGCAAGACUCAUCAAUGGUGACGUCGCCAGUAGCAGGACGGAAUGCAAGUCUUGAGAAUUCGCAGGAUCCUCGGCUCGUCCCUCUGGAGCGGCAGCUCAACAUCGAACUCAAGGUCAAGCAAGGCGCUGAGAACAUGAUAGAAAGCUUCAGCAAAGGAAACAAGGACAAAAAGAUGCUGGCCGAAGCGCAGCAGAUGCUUGCCGACUCAAAGGCAAAGAUUGAAUACUUAAAAAUGAGAAUGGCCAAGUUGAAACAGAGCUCGCGCAGCUCGGACGGCUGCUCCAACAAUGGAGAACAAAUUGUCAAAGAACACUCGUCCAAUUUGGAGCCGCCCGGUUUGGAAGAGCGAGUUCAGGAGCUGAGACACAGGCUGCGAAUCGAGGCAGCGGUUGUUGAAGGUGCCAAAAAUGUGAUUCGACUCCUGCAGAGCGCGAAAGUGCCAGACAAAAAGGCCCUCCAAGAGGCUCAUGCAAACUUGGAGGAGUCGAGUCGAAAGCUUGACCUGCUCCGUCUAUCCCUCGACCUGCGAAGACAAGAACUCCCUCCGGACUCGAACGCCGCCGUGCAGCUGAAGAGGGAGCUGCAGAGCGUCCAGGCGUCCAGCCCCGUGCCAGUGACCUACACCUACAUACCUCCCUUCCAAGGGGCUCAGCCAGCCCGCGCCAUGACCACGACCCAAGUGAGCCGAUGUGCAGCCGUCACCGGCAAGCUCGAGGUGCGUCUGAUGGGCUGCCAGGACCUGUUGGAGGAGGUCCCUGGACGCUCGAGGCGGGACAAGGACUCGCUGUCCAGCCCCAGCGACCCUUGGUCCUUCGUCAAGGGGGUCACGGGCCGCAGUUCGAGCAAGUCGUACAGCGUCAAGGACGAAACAAGUAACGAGAUCAUGGCCAUACUCAAGCUGGACCACCAAACAGUUGCUCAGACCAGUUGGAAACCCUGUUCGCAGCAGGCGUGGGAUCAGAGAUUCAGCAUAGAACUAGAUAAGUCGAGAGAGCUGGAAAUCAGCAUAUUCUGGAGGGACUGGCGGUCGCUUUGUGCUAUCAAAAUCCUGCGCCUCGAGGAGUUCAUUGACGACGAGCGGCAUGGGAUGGCUCUCCAAUUGGAGCCGCAAGGCUUACUAUUUGCAGAGAUCAAGUUCUUGAACCCCAUGAUUUCGAGAAAGCCGCGUCUGCAGCGCCAGAAGAAGAUCUUCAAAGCGCAGGGCAAGAAUCUGUCGCGACCCACGCAGAUGAACAUAAACGUGGCCACAUGGGGACGUCUGCUGAAAAGGUCUUCGUCACCUGCCAUGCCGCAACCACCGCCUCAGCAGGAUGAUGAAUUGCAUCCAUAUGGAGAACGGCCGGGUCCUCUAGUUUUGAAUCUACCUCAGCCAGAAGACGACAAGGCUGAAGCGCCAGGGGAACUUCCGAAUCCGACCUCCUCUGGACUGACGGGCGCAAGACCUCUGGGACUGGCCGAAAGCCUGGCCAGCAUAUCCAUCAUGCCAUCCCUGCCGCAGCCGGAGAGUCCGCCACCCCCACUGGUGCCAAAGAGCAAGUGGGUGCCAGCGCCAACCGUGCCACCACCACCUCCUCCCAGGCUCGACGUCGAGAGCGCACUCAGGGAGUUUGACUUCCUGCAAGACGAGCCGCUCAAGGCCGAGGUCCAGGUGAUCCAGGCCCCCCAGCCCGCCCCCCGGCAAAAUAGAAACCCUCAGCCUGCGCCGCAACCAGAGCCGAGACCUCGCCAACAGUCGCCGCAGCCCAUAGUAGAGUUCCCUGACGAGCUCGAGCCUCCGCAGGUGGUGAGGCGGCCCGUUGCCAGAGGUCUCGAGUACAGGGACAGCGCCUACGAGUCUCGCAGGCACUCGCAGUUCACUGGCAUGUCACUCGAUCACUUCAGACUCAUCAGCGUCCUGGGAAGGGGACACUUUGGAAAGGUGAUCCUCUCCCAAUACCGCAGCACGGGCGAGUACUUUGCAAUCAAGGCGCUCAAGAAGGGCGACAUCAUUGCCCGAGACGAGGUCGAGUCUCUGCUUGCUGAAAAACGCAUCUUCGAGGUGGCCAACGCCCAGCGGCACCCGUUCCUCGUCAACCUGUUUUCUUGCUUCCAAACGGAGAAUCACGUGUGCUUUGUUAUGGAGUACGCAGCUGGUGGCGAUUUGAUGAUGCACAUUCACGCGGACGUCUUUUCCGAGACAAGGGCUGUGUUUUAUGCAGCCUGCGUUGUGCUCGGCCUUCAAUACCUUCACCAAAGUAGAAUCAUUUACAGAGAUCUCAAAUUGGACAACUUGCUCCUAGACACCGAAGGCUACGUAAAAAUCGCAGAUUUCGGCUUGUGCAAAGAAGGCAUGGGCUUCGGAGACAGAACCGGAACUUUCUGCGGAACUCCUGAGUUCCUUGCCCCCGAAGUCCUGACGGAAACUUCCUACACGAGGGCCGUCGACUGGUGGGGUCUUGGCGUUUUGAUUUUUGAGAUGCUUGUCGGAGAAUCGCCCUUCCCUGGUGAUGACGAGGAAGAGGUUUUCGACAGCAUAGUUAACGACGAAGUCCGGUACCCGAGGUUCUUGACCCUAGAAGCCAUUGCCAUUAUGAGAAGACUCUUGAGGAAGAAUCCGGACAGGCGUUUGGGGUCCAGCGAGAGAGACGCUGAAGACGUGAAGAAGCAAGCGUUCUUUAGAACAAUUCAGUGGGAAGAGCUGCUUCAUAGACGAGUCAAACCACCAUUUGUUCCACUUGUGCAUUCUCCUGAGGACGUGAGCAACUUUGACGAAGAAUUCACUCAAGAAAAGCCCCAACUGACGCCACCGAAGGAGCCGAGGCCUCUCACCGAAGAGGAGCAGACCUGCUUCCGUGAUUUUACCUACAUGGCAGACUGGUGCUGAUACCCGACAGGAUAGAAACAAAGUCACUUACAUAUACCUAAGUUAAACGCGAGACAGCUUUAGGAUAAUCCCAAGUGCGAUUGCUAGAGUGCCUACACAAUUUGUGAUGACCACUGGAAAAGCCGUCCCUACAUAUGAGCUCUCUACUCUUCUCCGACUAUCCCUUGUAAUUUUUCCAACCUUUCUUUUCAAAGCAACUGAAAACGGUCACAUAAUUUUAAAAAAAAAGGAACGUGUGGUCUUAGGAAACUGUGCUCAAUGUUAGUUAUUCGAAUGCGAGUAGAGGUGCAACCUUUGUUGUGCCAAAGUACCUUUUGAGGGUGAAAUAAUGUUUGGUUGAAAAUCCCGGCGUACCUAACAUGAAUUUAGCUGCAAUUCUGGGAUUGUUGAAGAAUUUUUAGCUAAAUUUUACAAGCCGUUUGACUGAACAUUUUUGCUGGGACAAAGUUGUAGAUUGACCAUCCCUGUUAUGCUCACUAUAUACAGUUUAAUUAAUAAUCCGCAGCUUAAAAGUUGUUUGUUCGUUUUUAAACGCAGUUGGCAGUGCUCGUCGUUAACGCCACACUGCGAAAUGAAACAGUGAAGUUUUGAAAGAGAGGAAAAAAAACACCAGUGGUGCUUGCUCACCUGUCUGUGUAUGUUUGCGUUGUUCGUUAUUAGGUGCCUUUUGGAGAACUUAACCAGUGUCUUACGGAGCCCUGAUUUUUGUAAAUACAUACUUGAGCGAGUUUAGGCUAGAGCUUAUUUACGAAUUGAAUUAAUUACAUGAAAAUACAGUUAGGGCUUUCACAUUCACACGUAAUUAUUAUUAUUAUAAAAAUAUUUCAGCUUUUGUGAUGAUAGAUUUGUAAUUCAACGAUUAAUCAAUUAACUCUUUGCUUUGGUUAGAACGUGUAUUCUCUCUUACAAUAUCAUUGUAUUUGUAAAUUGCGUCUCUUUGAAAAUAUUAUAAAUUGAUUGCUUGAUUUGUUUUUUUAUCAAAACAUGGUUAGAAUCAAAAUUGAGAGUUGUAAAACUUUGCGAACUUGGAAAAUAUAUUUAUGAAUUGUUUGCAUGUAAAUACUUAACACGCUAUGAAUGAUAUUGGCAGCUUUCGUUUGGUUCGUGUAUAUUUCUUGACCACCAAUCAGCAUUAGUCAGCUCAUUGUAAAUUGCAAAUUUUAAUCCAGAUUCAACUUGCGCAUCACUUCAGAAAAUAUAAAAUCGAAGCGUGCUGUCAAUUACAAUAAAUUAAAAAUGCAUCAUGCCAUUUUACACGAAGCAAUCUUUUGUAAGAUAAAUUUUGAGAUAAUUUUAACAUAAUAAAAGCAAAGCCAUCGUUUAUUUACUACAGAAUC